AUGAUGGAGAAAUGUUCAAACAUUACAGAAAAUGUGUUCUACAUUUCAGCAUUUUCUAUCUCUGAAACUGGACAAUGUCUCCUUUUUACUGCAGUUCUAUUAGUGUAUCUGAUGACUGUCCUUGGAAACAUGACCAUUGCUGUAUUGGUGUGUCUGGUUCCCCAGCUCCAUACUCCAAUGUAUUUCUUCUUGAGUAAUCUUGCUAUUAGUGAUGUUAUAUAUGUUUCAGUUACUCUUCCAAAGCUUCUCUCCAUACUUCUAACACAGGAUCAUUGGAUUUCUUUCUCCGCUUGUAUGACUCAAGUGUUCUUCUUCUCAUUGUCAUCUACUUCUGAUGUAUUCCUACUGACCUCCAUGGCCUACGAUCGAUAUGUAGCGAUCUGUAAGCCAUUACAAUAUUCCUUACUCAUGAGUAAAGAUGUAUGUAUUUCGCUAGCUCUAUCCCCUUGGCUUAUAUCAUUGACUAAUACAAUCGUCAACGUGUUAGCCGCAUCUCUCUUAUCCUUCUGUCUCACACAAAAUGUUGACCAUUUCUUUUGUGAUCAGAAAGCACUUUAUGCAAUAACAUCUAGCGAUGCUACAAGCAGAUACAUAUUUCUGUUAUGUCAGGAUGUAGUGUUGGCAUCUAUUCCUUUUUUUCUUAUUAUAACCUCCUACGUGUUCAUCAUCUCCACCAUACUCAAAAUUCGCUCCUCUGAGGGACGACUGAAAGCUUAUUCCAGUUGUACUUCCCACCUCACCACAGUAAUAUUAUUCUAUGGUCCAAUCAUUAUAAUUUAUGGCAAACCAGAAUCUGAAGGUUCUAAAGAACUGGACAAGUUGCUGACCUUGCUUUAUACGGCAGUGGUUCCAAUGCUCAACCCGUUUGUCUACUCAUUAAGGAACAAAGAUAUUUUAAAUGCUAUAAAAAAUAUAAAAAGGAAAUGGAACAUGUUUUACAUUAAAUAAUUUA